AUGGGGCCUGGAUUGUUCUGGAACUUCCCAUCAAAGGCUAGCUGCACGGUUCCUCAGAGCCUGCUGCAGACAAUGUUGCUCUCCAGGAUGGCCGGCAUGAAAGAGCAGCAGUUUACAGAGGAGAAACCACUACUGCCUGAACAAAGAGGACAGGACUCAGAGAUGGAGAACUGUGAAACCUUUGUGACUGAAGGAGACUGGAAGGAGCAUGACAUUGAGACCCCCUAUGGGAUGCUGCAUGUGGUGAUCCGUGGGGCGCCCAAAGGAAACAAGCCAGCUAUCCUCACUUACCAUGACGUGGGACUCAACCACAAGCUGUGCUUCAACACCUUCUUCCACAAUGAGGACAUGCAGGAGAUCACUAAACAUUUUGUCGUGUGCCAUGUGGACGCCCCUGGCCAGCAGAUUGGUGCGGCCCAGCUCCCACAGGGCUAUCAGUAUCCAACCAUGGACCAGCUGGCUGGCAUGCUGCCCAGUGUGGUACAGCAUUUUGGAUUCAAGAGCAUUGUGGGAAUUGGAGUUGGAGCUGGAGCUUAUAUCCUGGCUAAAUUUGCUCUGAUUUUCCCAGACCUGGUGGAGGGACUGGUUCUGCUCAACAUUGACCCUAAUGGGAAAGGUUGGAUUGACUGGGCUGCCUCCAAGCUUUCUGGGCUAACCAGCGCUCUUCCUGAUACUGUCCUUCCCCACCUCUUCAGCCAGGAAGAGCUCAUGAACAACACUGAGCUGGUUCAGAGUUACCGCCAGCAAAUCAACAACACCAUUAACCAGCAUAAUCUGCAGCUCUUCUGGAACAUGUACAACAGUCGUAGGGAUCUGGAGAUGAAUCGCAGUGGGACUGCACUCAAUGCUAAGACCCUGAGGUGCCCUGUCAUGCUGGUGGUCGGAGACAACGCCCCAGCAGAAGAGGGCGUGGUUGAGUGCAACUCCAAACUGGACCCGACUAACACCACUUUCCUAAAGAUGGCAGACUCAGGUGGACUGCCUCAGCUCACCCAGCCUGGGAAACUGACAGAGGCUUUCAAGUACUUCUUGCAGGGCAUGGGAUACAUGCCCUCUGCCAGCAUGACCCGUCUGGCGCGCUCCAGGACAGCGUCUCUGACCAGCGCCAGCUCUAUGGACGGGUCCCGUAACCGGGCCUGCACACACUCUGACAGCAGUGAGGGCGUGGGCCAGGUCAGCCACACUAUGGAGGUUUCCUGCUGA